UUUUGCACAUGCGCACUGCACGGCCAGCCAGCCAGAGAGGAAUAAAGACCAAACAUGGCUGCUAAAAACAGCGACGAUAGUGUGGCGACGUUUUCGCCGAAACGGCCUCGUAUGGACUCUGAUGAACGGCGGUCACCUCUUGGACAUUUAUCGUCGGAACAUCUCAAACACAGUAAGUGUCCUGAACAUUUAGAUAGUAAACCAGUGGCUCAUUGUUUUAAUAAUAUUAAUCAUAAUUAUAACGACGACAACGAGAACAGUAAUAUUAAUAAUAAUAAUAAUAAUUAUAACAACAACAAUAAUAAUAAUAAUAAUAAUAAUACAACUACGACUGCUAAUACUACCAAUAAUAUUACUACUACUACUGCUACUACUACCACUAAUAAUAACGGAGUUGUUUGUACUGAAGAAAAUCUGGACCACCAUCACCACGACGAGGACGAGCAGCAGCAGGAAGAGAAGAGAGAGAAGAUUAUGGUCUCGAGAGAGGCGGAGGUGGGGGCGGAGAACCAGCUUCCACAGCAGCAACAACAACACGAGGAAAAGCUGGAGCAUCAUCAUCAUCAUCAUCAACAACAACCACAGCAAGCCAAUGAACAAUGUACUGGCGAAAGAAGUGGUGGUGGGGACAGCUUCGGCAACAGCGGCGGUGGUGGUGAUGGUGACGAUGGUGGCGGCGACGGUGGUGGUGGCUGCGGCGGUGACAUUUCAACCCGUGUCUGUGUUAAAGAGAAAGGUGAACAACAACAACAGCAGCACAUGGAGGAAACUAUGAACGAAAAGGUGGAGAUGGAAGAUGAAGCGAUGGAGAAACUACAGAAAUUAGAAAAAGAGGAAGAGGUGGAAGAAGAAGGGAAAAUCGUCGACAAGGUUGGGGCAGCAGUAGAAUCAUCAUCAUCAUCAUCAUCAUCGCCAUCGUCAACAUCAUCAUCACCAUCAUCGUCGUCAACACCGACCUCAUCAUUCUUCAAGAAAGAUGAGAACAUGCUACAAAUUACCACAGCUGAGAAUGAAAUGGAUACCAGUUUAUCGGAGGACCCUCUUCAAAAUGCUGAUUUUGAUAAUCCAAAUGCAGAUAACUUUGAUAAUGUUAGUGAAAUCAGUGACCUGUCAGUUUUAGACGAGGAUGCAUGGAGGCCUGUCUCAGGGCCAUUGAACUGGGUACAGCGGCAGAUGAGUAUGGGUCGUGAUCCCAGGAUGCUCUUCAAAGAAAUCACUUCACAGGACACAUUUAUCCCACCUGAUCUUGAUGAAAUGACGCUAUGGGGUUUAUUGGUGAAUUUUAUAUCAGAACCACCGAAAAGGCAGAAAUUAAAUUAUGUCAACACUAUUGAUGACGUUGUACAUCUUUUAAAGACUUCACAGAAAAUAAUGGUUCUCACUGGUGCUGGGGUAUCUGUAUCUUGUGGUAUUCCAGAUUUCCGGUCGCGUAAUGGCAUUUAUGCCAGAUUAGCUGUUGACUUUCCUGAUCUACCUGAUCCUCAAGCAAUGUUUGACAUCCAUUAUUUCCGGAAUGAUCCUCGGCCAUUUUUUAAGUUUGCCAAAGAAAUUUAUCCCGGUCAAUUUGAACCCUCAAAGUGCCACAAGUUUAUCAAGUUGAUUGAAGACCAUAAUCGCUUACUUCACAAUUAUACUCAGAAUAUUGAUACCUUGGAACAGCAGGCUGGCAUCAAAAAGGUUAUCCAGUGUCAUGGUUCUUUUGCAACUGCCACUUGCAUGAACUGCUCCAGUAAAGUUAGUGCAGCAUCAAUCAGAGAAGAUAUAUUCAACCAGGUAAUUCCUCGAUGUCAGGUAUGUCGCCCAGAAUGUACAUCUGCUAUAAUGAAACCUGAUAUUGUUUUCUUUGGAGAAAACCUCCCUGAACAUUUUCACCAUCAGAUGGCAGAGGACAAAGAGCAAUGUGAUUUAUUAAUUGUAAUUGGUUCUUCGAUGAAAGUUCGACCAGUUGCUCUAAUUCCAAAUUACAUUCCUGCACAUGUACCCCAGAUCCUCAUCAAUAGAGAACCUUUGAAGCACAUGACCUUUGAUGUGGAAUUGUUAGGGGAUGGAGACAUAAUUGUGAACGAUCUUUGUAAACGCCUUGGCGAGGGCUGGAAAGAAGCCUUCUGUGAUUCCGGGCCUUCUUUUACACAAAUAAGGAAGGACCAACUUGAAACUCCUUCUCUAAAACCAGAACUGAAAGAAACGGGGAAAGGUUUACAGAACUCGCUAUUCUCAUCUCCUUUAAAACCAAAUGAUGUUCAUGCCCCCUCAUCAGAUAUUACAAAAGACUGUUUACAUGACACACAUUCAAUUGUUCCUCCUGAAAACACAAACGGACAGGACAGUUUGUCUGCAAGUAAUAACACACACCUCAUUUCACAUUCAUUGUCUCCAGCAAAGAACAGUUGUGAAGAAAAUAAUGAUGAACAAAGCAAGAAUGAAGAGAACGGUGAAAAUGCUGACAUCAGAAGCUUUUUUAACAAGAAGCCUGAGAAAAUACUGAAGCAGAGCUUAGGAAAGCAGUUAAAAGAGAACCAAGUGCUAUUUCUAGCACCUAGUCAGUAUGUCUACCCUGGUGCAGAAAUCUAUUCUGAAGAUGAAGAAAUGAUCUUUGAAUCUGACAGUCAUCAGUCUGUAAGCAGUUGCAGUUGGGAUAAUUUCUCUGACGAAGACAAUGGCAAUGAUGGUGGCCCCAUGAAAAAUGGUUUUGAAAGCUCUGAUGCUUCUGCUUUGAAUAGUGUUCCCUCUAAUGUUGAUAUGUCUACUGAAAAUCAUCAUCCCAGUGAGCAUAUUGACAGUUGUGCACUUGAUGCUGAUUUAAAUGUACCCCCUCAUUUAGAAAAUAUGGAAGGUGUUGCAACUACGAUUUCCUCCCUUAGUUCAUUCAACAAACAAUUAGAUGUCUGUCAGAACAAAGAACAUCUUGAAAACGAGCAAGAGGACAUGAAAGAUGUGUGCAAAGAAAACUUUCUCCGACUUAGUGACAGUAAUAAACAGAACGGUUACGCUGUUGAUGGUGAGUCAAUAGAAGACAGGUUGUCUGCUGUACCUUCUUACAUUAGUCGAGAAUGCACGGAAAACACACAGCAUAACGAGAUCUCUUUGACUGAUGACAAAAUGCAUCAUAUACGAAUGGACACAUGUUCUAACAGUCCUAUUCAAACGGAACCAACUGCCAAAUCAUUAUUAGCAGAAGUAGAAUCCACCACUGAAGACAUUGAUAAAACAUAAGGGUGUUUCUAUAGGUUGUGUGUUGCAAUGUAUGUGUUGUAAGGUUAAAAAAAAAAAUGUAAAAAACAAAUAAAAAGACAAAAAUAUAACAGAGCCAGAAAGAUAAAAUUUCAAAAACAAAUACCCCUACUAAAUCACUGUCUUAUGUAAUGUCCUUUAAACUCUUCUUUAUUUAUUUUUUUUUUUUCAUUGCACUUUCAUUUCAUCUCUGCCCUUCCACCCCUAUGAAAAAGAAAACAAAUACUAACCCUUGAUAAUACGCUAACACUAAAAACUAAACUCAGUGACUAAUGGGAUUGACAUAUGGGCAUUAAUUUGACAGCUGACCACACACAUACAUACACACAAAACCCUCUUGGGACAGUGGUCACUUGUUAGAUAAAAUAACAGACCAAUAUGGAAACUGUAUAAAAAUUUAAAAAAAAAACAAAAUUUAAAAGAUUGUAAACAAACCAAACCAGAAAAUAAGACAAAAGCAUAUAAAAAAAAUAAUAAAACUGUCACAAACUCUUAAUACAAAACCAAAAGUAUUUCUUUUGUCAUGAAAAAAAAAUACAACUUGUUAUUCUCUCUAUAUUUAUUUUAGCUGAAAAUUAUUACAAAAAUAAAAUAAGAAAAAAAAAUCAAACAGAUCACCCCUUCCCCUAAAAAAUGGGAAAAAAAUUUGAAUGUCUUGGGCUUAAAUGAGACAACUCACUAAAUAUAUAAAAACAAGCAAAAAAA